ACUUGCGUAUACGCCAAACCGUUAGGACUGCGAGUGUGGAAAUUGGUACGUGAGUGGGCGACCCUUUUCACGACCGACCUGUACUCAAAGAUCGAAGCUUGCAACCGCGUGAAAGACGAGCUUGUGUUGGAUUCAAUGCUGUCACAGUGUGUUGUAGUGAACUAAACUCUCUUCCAAUGCACCCAGAAUGGCAAGCUGUGCCGUGGAAGGAGGGUGUCCCAGCGACUAUGUGGCCAUCGCCGUUUCCAUUUUGUCAUUCCUUUUGCUUCUCUCAUGGUCAAUCUUUCCUUUUCUAGUUGACAAGGUUCCUCGUACUACAGGCAGUAGCUUCUGGAUUCCAGUUCUUCAAGUUGUUGCUAGCUUCAACCUUCUGCUUUCAACUGCGAUGUCUGUCAAUUUUGUGACAUUCAAAAGGAGACACUGGUGGCGAUCUUGUUAUCUUUGGGCUGUCUGGGUUGAAGGUCCGCUAGGGUUUGGUUUGUUGCUAAGCUGUCGAAUAACACAAGCCUUCCAACUAUAUUUUAUUUUUGUCAAGAGGCGCUUACCACUUAUCAGAUCAUAUUUUCUUCUUCCCCUUAUUCUUCUUCCUUGGAUUGCUGGUGCUACUUUUAUUCAUACAAAGAAGCCUCUAAACUAUCGCUGUCACAUGAGGGUUCAGUGGAUCAUCCCAAUUGUAUGUCUCCAUGCAUUUUAUGUGACCACUUUGCUGGGAGUUACAGGAGCCGUUCGUCAUAUAGAGUUCAGAUUUGAUGAACUCAGAGAUCUCUGGCGGGGAAUAUUUGUAUCAGUUUUGUCCAUUGUUGUGUGGGUUACAGCUUACGUACUGAAUGAAAUUCAUGACGAUAUCUCAUGGCUUCAAGUUGUCUCCCGGUUUUUGCUUCUAGUUAUGGCCAGCAUACUCGUUAUGGCUUUCUUUUCAAUAUCAACUUCACAACCACUGCUCUCACAAAUCAGCUUGAGGCGAAGGGAAUCCAGAGAGUUUUACACGAUGGGCCAGGCACUGGGCAUACCCGAUAGUGGGGUAUUAGCACAAAAUGACCCAAUUUCUGUGAUAGAUGCUAAUGAGCCAUUGGAUAAGCUUCUUCUGAACAAGAGAUUCCGGCACUCCUUUAUGGCCUUUGCUGAUAGCUGCUUGGCUGGGGAGAGUGUGCACUUCUUUGAUGAAGUUCACGAGCUUAGUAAAAUACCUGAAGAUGAUUCAGUGAGAAGGAUCUAUAUGGCACGCCAUAUUAUUGAGAAGUACAUUGCUUCAGGUGCAUCAAUGGAGGUGAACAUUUCUCAUCGAAGCAGGCAAGAAAUUUUGACGACUCCCAAUCUUGCUCGCCCGGAUCUCUUCAAUAAUGCAUUAAACGAAAUAAUGCAGCUGAUGAAAACGAAUCUGGCAAGAGAUUACUGGUCCUCAACGUUCUAUACGAAGUUCCAGGAAGAAGCCAAGAAGAGAUCUGAUAGCUAUGAUCUGGAGCCAAUAUCAGGAUGGAAUUUCUCUCCUAGGUUGAGUUCCGUGCAUGGUGCAGAUGAUCCUUUUCACCAGGACCAACUUUUCAAGAGUUCUUCUGGCCGUAGCUAUGAUUGACACUUGAUCAGUUCGGAUGGAGUAUUAUUCUAGCUUAAGGGAACAUUGGAAUCAUAGCGAUACAAGUUAAACCUUACUUUCUGUUGAACCUUACCCGCAGAAUAAUGACACGCACCAGCCAUAGAAGAUGAAAUAAUGGGAGGAGACAAGGAAAGGUCUGAUCAAAGAGUCAUCGGUGUUACAUUUUUCUUGGCAUAAUCUGUACAGAUAUGAUAUGACAUUGUAUAUUGUGAUCAAGUGGCUGAACCAUUCAGCUCUAAAAACAUUUAUUGACACUUUUAGCUUGCAAAUUAAAUUUCAUGUAACAAACAAAAUCCUAAUUAACAAUAUACUCAAAGGCUUAGUUGUUGAUAGAAUACAAUGAGGCUAUGUAAUUCA